CAAUGCCUGAUACCACACCACCCAUUCCUCUUAUCUUCCUCAUUCGCCACGGCCAGUCAGAAGCUAAUGUGGCUAACUUGAUUGUCAGCAAUCCCGAGGUCGGUUGUAAGGCCUAUGGCCUGACGGGCGCUGGGCGGGAACAGGUCAAGUCUUCUGCUAGGGCUUUCCUCAGUCAAUACAAGGGUGCCUCGAUGGAGAUGGAAAUAGUGUCAUCAGAUUUCCUGCGUACCAGGGAAACGGCUGAGGUCUUUGCCAGUGUUGUGGGGUUCCCUAUAGACAAGAUACAGUUCGAUACUAGAUUGCGAGAGAGAUACUUUGGAAGUAUAGACAUGACCUCGGAUGGAUCCUAUGCGAAGGUGUGGGAGAGGGAUGCCCAUCAUGAGAGCCUCGAGGACUUCAAUGCAGAGGAACCUGAUAGUGUCGCUGCUAGGGGUCUGGCUGUCUUGAAGGAACACAUAAAGACUGGCAGUAAGGCACUUGUAUUGGUCACACACGGUGAUGUGAUGCAGAUCCUCCAAACUACACUGCUAGGGUUCAAGCCCUAUCAAUACAGGACCGCUGUAGAUAAUGUGAACCAAGGCGAGCUUAGACGGGUUGACCCCAAGAUAUCCAUAGCAGAGUGAUACUACCUCCUACUGUCCAGUUUCUUCUC